CCUUCUGUAUUUUCCUAUUUCUCAGCAGGCAUAGUUCAGGACGCCUCGCUGUCCUCGGAAGGACCCCUCAUCAUUUCAACAUGGCGGCGUCCAUACGGCUGUGUUGUGCCCUCCGCAUCACAAUUGGAGGUGCAGCACCACUCCGUACCAUAGGGGGAGCAGUUCAUAUAUCCCAGUUGGCAAGUCAAACCUCAGCUGUCCUCCAAAGAAACCCUGCAGUUCCUCUGUUCCCUGCAACAUCAUGGCAGCAAACCAGACAUAGCAGCUUCUUCAACAAGUUGACGGCUGCAGAGUUGUGGAAAGGUGUGUUGGCGGAUGCGGGUUCAGGAAACAAGAAGGGUCGAGGAAAGAGAACCAAACGCAAACAGAAGAAAGACCUGAACCGAGGACAAGUUAUCGGAGAAGGGAUAUUCGUUCUUGUUUUGUUUGUUGUGCAGCUGAAGUCUGUGUCCAGAAUGACGGCCAAGGAGGGCAGGAAGAGGACGCAGAGCUGUCUGGUCGCCGUGGGAAACGGCCAAGGAGCCGCAGGCUUUGCUUUGGGGAAAGCAGCCGACAGAAUGACCGCUCUGAGGAAGGCCAAGAACCGAGCGAUCCACUACUUGCACUAUAUAGAGCGAUACAACGACCACACCGUGUUUCAUGACAUUGAAUCCCAGUGUAAGAAGACGACGCUGCGCAUGAAGAAACAAAACGAAGGUUACGGUCUGCACUGCCACCGCGUGGUCAUCUCUGUGUGCAAGCUGAUCGGCAUACGGGACAUGUACUGCAAAGUGGAAGGAUCCGUCAACACCCUCAACAUCACCAGGGCCCUCUUCAACGGGUUAGCCAGCCAGGAACUCCACCAGACGCUGUCCGACAAGAAGCAGCUCCAUGUCAUCGAGUUUCAGGAGCACCGAGGCCCGCUGCCCAUGGUGGUGGCGAGUCCAAAAGACGGGGCGCGCCCCGACCCGGAGCCCGAAGACGAGGUGCACAACACCAAGCUGAACUGGAAAGACGUACGGGUAGCGCAGGGACUCAAACACUCCGUCUGGGCGAAUGUUAAACGCAACAUCUUGUAGUGAGGGAGUACGCCGAUGACCACAGAGGAACUGGACUGAUGCCGAAGAAUAAGAACAUUUUGUUCUCGAGCAAAAUAUCAGUUUAUGUUUAAUAAUCUCCAAACCCAGUGGAUUGUGAUCGUGUGAAAGUUUGUCUCUGCACACACGAUAGUUACUCAGAUCCUGGUUAUCAAUGUUUUCUUCCUCAUCCUUGGGAAUUGUUGCAAAAUGAUGUACUAAUGUAAUAAAGUUUGGAUCUGUGAAGA